UUCCGCCGCGUUGCUUCGCCGCGCAUCCAAAUUGCUGUCAAAAUAACCCGACAGCGUUCUUUCGUUUCCGGCAUCUGUGAUUGCUAAGGAACACAUUUAGAAUUAUUAAAAGUUUUUAAUCUUUUAAUUAAUUCCACCUGAGGAAAUGGCCAAAACCAAAACCGAGAAGAAGGCGAAGUCCGCCAUCAAUGAAGUGGUGACACGGGAGUGCACCAUCAACCUGAACCGCCGGUUGCACAAGGUCGGUUACAAGAAGCGGGCCCCACGGGCGGUCAAGAUCGUGCGCAAAUUCGCCGAGAAGGAGAUGGGAACCAACGACGUGCGCAUCGAUACCCGACUGAACAAGGCUAUCUGGCACCGGGGAAUCCGCAACCCACCCUUCAGGAUUCGCGUCCGUCUGUCCCGCCGCCGCAACGACGAUGAGGACUCGCCCAACAAGCUGUACACUCUGGUCACCUACGUGCCGGUGCCGACGUUCAAGGAGCUGCAAACCGAAAACGUCGAAUCGACCGACGAUUAAACUAUUACACACGAAACUAAACUAACUUAGCAGUUAAUAAGUUAGGUGGGAAACGUAUGGGAUGUUGAAUCGACCGAAAGAUUUUCGACGUUCGGUUAUGAACGACGUGCGGAGGUGUGAAUAAUAAAAUCGUUAAAACCCAAGUGGAAAAAAAACUGAA